CCGAGCCCGAGCCCAGGAGACCAGGUCCCACCCUGCAGCGACCACCUGGCUGGUGCCCACUAGGCCUCACCAAUGGGGAACAGUAAGAGCGGGGCCCUGUCCAAGGAGAUCCUGGAGGAGCUGCAGCUGAACACCAAGUUCACGGAGGAGGAGCUGUGCACCUGGUACCAGUCCUUCCUGAAGGAGUGUCCCACCGGCCGCAUCACCAGGCAGGAGUUUGAGAGCAUCUACUCCAAGUUCUUCCCCGACGCCGACCCCAAGGCUUAUGCGCAGCACGUCUUCCGCAGCUUCGAUGCCAACAGCGAUGGCACCCUGGACUUCAAGGAGUACGUCAUCGCCCUGCACAUGACCUCCGUGGGCAAGACCACCCAGAAGCUGGAGUGGGCCUUCUCGCUCUACGACGUGGAUGGCAAUGGCUCCAUCAGCAAAAACGAAGUGCUGGAGAUCAUUAUGGCUAUCUUCAAGAUGAUCAACCCUGAGGACGUGAAGCACCUGCCAGAAGACGAGAACACGCCCGAAAAGCGAGCAGAGAAGAUUUGGAAGUUCUUCGGGAAGAAAGAUGAUGAUAAACUGUCAGAAGAAGAGUUCAUUGAGGGGACCCUGGCCAAUAAGGAAAUUCUGCGACUGAUUCAAUUUGAGCCUCAAAAAGUGAAGGAAAAAUUAAAGGAAAAGAAGCACUGAUGCCAACCGUCCAGCUCGCCUCCCUCCCCCACCACGCACACACCC